CACCCGUUUCGUGAAAGACGAAGAGCCGUGAAGUCCUCAUCCCAUUGCUUCCAUCCCGUUGAUCGGAUUCGGAUCCCGAUGGCUCUCUAUACCUGGUCGCUCUGCAUCGCCCUGAUCCUCUGUCAGCUGUGUCAACAAGUCUCCUCGUCUCGUGUCGCGGUGGGGGAUCUGGUGAGCUGCCCACAACCGCCCGAGGACCCCCCUGAGGAGCCAAUCGACAUCAGGUGGAUAAGAACAGAUAUAGACGGUAUACCUUGCUGGUCUUGGCCGCUGCAAUAAAUGCGUCGAUUGCAGUUCUGUGAAGGUCCCUGAGGCGUUCAGGAAGCGCAUCCAGGCGAACCUCAGGGGCAAAGACACGCUCGGUGUAGUCUUGCGUCUCGAAGGUUUUAGGCGCAAUCUUGAGGUGUCACUGCAGGAGGUAUGUAUUCCGAAGCGACCGACGCUAGAUUGACCAUACGACAACACUCAGACGUCUCCCUCAGGUCGAGGGGCUGGACGUGACAGGUGGUCAAUGCCGUUUGGAUAUCGAACGCUGGUCGGGGCCGCGCACCUGCUCCUUGGCGAUGUAUGUGCAUGACCGAGAACACAAGCUGUCAGCCCUUUUAUGCAUUCUUGCGUCCAGUCUGAAGAAGGCCGACAAGCUGAACGGGAACACCCUCAUGGUUGCGAUGCUCUCAUGGAUUGACCAGUUUUCGCCUGCCUUCGGCUGCAAAGAGCUGACAAUUCUUGACGCCAGCAGCAUCAAGGACAUGUAUGUGCUCUCAAGAGCAGGUACGCGCAGAUGAUGCACAGGCUCUGACAUGCACAUCGAUCCGUUCAAUUCGUUGGCAUGUGCAUGUCAGGCUUCUACUAUCAAUCCUUUGGCUUCCAGCAUGCCCCUCGGGCGAACCAAGACGGCAUCGAAAGCUGCAAAAAGAUGAUCAGCUCUCUUUUUGACAGGAAGGACAGUCUUCCAACCGCCGAAUUCAAUCUCGUCAAGACCAUCCUGUGGGCGGCUAUGGAGUACGAGAAGAUGGGCAGGAUCUGGAAGGAGGUUCUCGACGACAACAUUAAUGAUGGCGCCGCCACACUCGAGCCAGUGGCACUCGAGCAGCUCCGCAACAGAACGGUCGAGGCCGUAGAGCAGGAGAGCGGCUUGAAGAAGGAGAUGCCGCCCUGGCUGCGCAUAGUGUUCGACAUCCUCAAGGCUUGGCCGGAAGUCGAAGAGAUGACUCUUGAGUGCGUGAAGAAGCGAGAGAGGAUUGCUGGCGGCCCGCAAAACCCCCAAGCCGAUCUGCUGCUGCCCCAUCUGGCCCCAUCAGUGACCAUCGACCGCAGCUACCCCAAAGGCAGCACGGCCCACCAGGUCAUUACAUGGACUCAGUACGGGCUCAGCUGCCUUGAUUGAUGGUACAAGUGUGUGUCUCUCUCCUGGUGUGUGUGUCACCAAACAGAUCACGUGUCUCAUUCAGUCAGCCCAGCUGGUACUCGUGACGAGCGGAGACAAAGAGGUGCUCCGGGAAGAGAUGGGGGAAAACCCGUCCCUCAACCUGCUCGAAUACAGCCUCCCUGACGACGCGCAGCCAUGCCUAUUCGCAGUCGCGAGGGGUGUGCGGCAGCUGAACGACACACAUGCCUACAGCCUGGUGGAAGAGUUUGCCCCGCAGCUCCUGCAGGAGAGCGGGAAGAGGCAAAAGAAGAGGAAGCAGAAGACGGAUGACACUCAAGAGGAGGAAGCAGAGGAAGCGAGGAGAAGCAAGGCACAGAAGUAUUAAUGGUAGAAACCAUGUGAGACACGAAUCAUCCGGGCCGCAGACGGAUCGAACUCGACGGCCGGGCCACCUGCCUCUUCGUGUGGGUUGAGAGUUGACCUUUCAUGACUGACCCGCAGUGACGGAGCGACGGCAAUUAAUGCGUUUCUUCGA